GCGGGGCGAGGAUGGGCCGACAGAGGGAUGGGAGAGAGGCGGCUGGGCAGAAGUUCCAGACGAUCCCCCCGGUGGCCUCAUGUCGCGCAGCGGAGAGGGCCUUGAGCAGCGCCAGCAGGCGUCAGAGGCGGACGCCACGGCCACAGUCUUCCGGGCAAGCGAGCAUCAGCAUAUCCGCUACAACCCGCUACAAGAAGAGUGGGUGCUGGUGUCAGCUCACCGCAUGAAGCGGCCCUGGCAGGGGCAGGUGGAGCCCCCGCUUCUGCAGACAGUGCCCCGCCAUGACCCCCGCAACCCUCUGUGUCCCGGGGCCACACGGGCCAAUGGAGAGGUGAAUCCUCACUACGACAGCACCUUCCUGUUUGACAAUGACUUCCCAGCUCUGCAGCCUGAUGCCCCCAAUCCAGGACCCAGCGAUCACCCCCUUUUCCAAGCCGAGGCUGCUCGAGGAGUUUGUAAGGUCAUGUGCUUCCACCCCUGGUCGGAUGUGACACUGCCACUCAUGUCAGUCCCUGAGAUCCGUGCUGUCGUCGAUGCGUGGGCGUCAGUCACAGAGGAGCUGGGUGCCCAGUAUCCUUGGGUGCAGAUCUUUGAAAACAAAGGAGCCAUGAUGGGCUGUUCUAAUCCUCACCCUCACUGCCAGGUGUGGGCCAGCAGUUUCCUGCCAGACGUUGCCCAGCGUGAGGAGCGAUCUCAGCGGGCCUAUCAGAGUCAGCAUGGAGAGCCCUUGCUGAUGGAGUAUGGCCGCCAGGAGCUGCUCAGGAAGGAACGUCUGGUCCUAACCAGUGAGCACUGGUUAGUGCUGGUCCCCUUCUGGGCAGUGUGGCCCUUCCAGACACUGCUGCUGCCCCGUCGGCAUGUGCGGCGGCUGCCUGAGCUGACCCCUGCUGAGCGAGAUGAUCUAGCCUCCAUCAUGAAGAAGCUCUUGACCAAGUACGACAACCUGUUUGAGACGUCCUUUCCCUACUCCAUGGGCUGGCAUGGGGCUCCCACAGGAUCAGAGGCUGGAGCCAACUGGGACCACUGGCAGCUGCAUGCUCAUUACUACCCUCCACUCCUGCGCUCUGCCACUGUCCGGAAAUUCAUGGUUGGCUAUGAAAUGCUUGCCCAGGCUCAGAGGGACCUCACCCCCGAGCAGAUGAGCAGCAGCUGCUCAGGGCUGAGCAGGGUCCUGGUGGCUGUGGCUACAGCCCUGGUGUCUGCCUCCUCCCCCUGCCCCCAGGCCUGGGGCCCCCCAGGGGUCCAGUAUGGGCAGCCUGGCAGGUCCAUGACGCUGUGUUGCCCUGGAGUGGCCGCUGGGGCCCCGGUGUCCUGGUUUCGGGACGGGGAGACAAGGCUGCUCCAGGGACCUGGCUCUGGGCUAGGGCAUGAACUGGUCCUGGCGCGGGCAGACAGCACUGACGAGGGCACCUACAUCUGCCAGACCCUGGAUGGUGCACCUGGGGGCAUAGUGACCCUGCAGCUGGGCUACCCCCCAGCCCGCCCAGUUGUCUCCUGCCGAGCAGCUGACUAUGAGAACUUCUCCUGCACUUGGAGUCCCAGCCAGGUUAGCGGUUUACCCACCCGCUACCUCACCUCCUACAGGAAGAAGACGGUGCCAGGAGCUGAUGGCCAGAGGAUGAGUCCAUCCACAGGGCCCUGGCCAUGCCCACAGGACCCCCCAGGGGCAGCCCGCUGUGUAGUCUACGGGGCAGAGUUCUGGAGCCAGUACCGCAUCAAUGUGACUGAGGUGAACCCCCUGGGGGCCAGCACACGCCUGCUGGAUGUGAGCUUGCAGAACAUCUUGCGCCCUGACCCACCCCAGGGGCUGCAGGUAGAGUCGGUGCCUGGCUACCCCCGCCGCCUGCGUGCCAGCUGGACGUACCCUGCCUCCUGGCCCCGCCAGCCCCACUUCCUGCUCAAGUUCCGGCUGCAGUACCGUCCAGCGCAGCAUCCAGCCUGGUCCACGGUGGAGCCGGCGGGACUGGAGGAGGUGAUCACGGACGCUGUGGCCGGGCUGCCCCACGCUGUGCGGGUCAGCGCCCGGGACUUUCUGGACGCUGGCACCUGGAGCGCCUGGAGCCCCGAGGCCUGGGGCACUCCGAGCACUGGGCCCCUCCCAAAGGAGAUGCCAGCAGGGGGCCAGCCCCACACGCAGCUGGAGGAGGAGCCUCAGGCAGACAGCCCUGCUCCCCCAAGACCCUCCCAUCUGCCAGACCCCCGGCCACUUGACCACAGGGACCCCCUGGAGCAGGUGGCUGUGCUGGCAUCUUUGGGAAUCUUCUCUUUCCUGGGACUGGCUGCUGGGGCCCUGGCACUGGGGCUGUGGCUGCGGCUGAGACCGGGUGGGAAGGAUGGACCCCAAAAGCCUGGGUUCUUGGCCCCAGUGAUUCCAGUGGAUAAGCUUCCAGGAGCUCCAAACCUGUAGAGGACCCAGGAGGGCUUCAGCUGAUUCGACCUAUAACUCUGUCUUGCUGGUGUGGAUGGACGGACAGAUAGAACCCAGGCAGGACAGUAGAUCCCCGUGGAGGGGGAUGGGUCUCAGCUGGAAGUUCUGUUUGGAGCCCAUUUCUAUGAGACUCUGUGUUCUAAACUUGCCAGCUGAAAGGUGCCUGGACCUCUGACUCAUCCCAGAGCUGGAGGUCCACCCGAGGAAUGUGUGUAGAUGAGUAUGUCUGUGUCCCUGUGUGCCCGUGAGUAUGUGAGGCAGGGAACAUGUGUUCUCUGCAUGUAUGUAUGUAGGUGCCUGGGGAGUGUGUGUGGGUCCUUGGCUCUUGGCCUUGCCCCUGGCGGUGGCUGUGAAGGUGUGAAUAAAGAGAAUGAGGAGGUU